AUGGAUAAGGAGGCAUCCAAGAUCACAGCCAAGUUCUUGAUGGGAGCUGCUGGCUGCCCAUCAGCCAUGAGCCAAGCCAGUGGGAAACUCUCUGGCCAGUGGAAGCUGGUGGCGUGGGACGAGCCCGCCUUCCAGGGCCGGCGGCAGGAGUUCACUUCUGAGUGCGACGACGUCGCAGCCCGCGGCUUGGAGCCCAGCCUCGGUUCUGCCCGCAUUGAGGGUGGCACGUGGGUCGGCUUUGAGCACCCCGGCUUCCAGGGGCAGCAGUUUGUGCUGGAGCCAGGGGAGUACCCCUGCUGGGAGGCAUGGGCCGGCAACAUCGCUUACUGCGUGCCACGGAUGAGCUCCUUCCGACCUGUCUCCUGUGCGAACCACCGGGACAGCCAGAUGACCAUCUUCGAGCAGGAGGGCUUCCUGGGCCGCAAGGGGGACCUGAGCGAUGACUGCCCCUCUCUUAAGGCGAUGGGCUGGGGCAGCAGCGAGGUGGGGUCCCUCCGUGUCUAUGCUGGCGCCUGGGUGUGCUGCCAGUUCCCCGGGUACCGUGGUUUCCAGUACGUCGUGGAGAGUGACCGCCACGGGGGUGAAUACAAGCACUUCCGGGAACUGGGCUCUCACGCCCAGACCCCCCAGGUGCAGUCCAUCCGCCGGAUCCAGCAGUGA